AUGGGACACAAGUCUGCCAAACUCUCGACACUCUCCUGCACUAACAACCUAAAUGCAGGCCGGCCUGGUGCCGAGAACCCCGAUUUACGAGACCACCGAGUCUACCCGCCGGAGCCAUUGAAUCGAAAGACGGCACCAUCUCCGGUCCUCUUGGAACCGCCGCUGACGGGCCAGGCGAUUCUCUUCCCACAAAUUUGGCUUUGCCCAGGCAUCCAAACUCGUCCCGAGAAACUGGUUGCCCGGGGGGCGCGAGAUUAUCUCAUCUGCUUGUUAGCUUUCCCGAUGUACCACGGCAUUGCGCAUCAAAGCCACUCAGACAAUGCAUCUUCCAAGUCAAGUACUGCGCACUCGUUCUUCAGCUCGGGGUUGGAAUGGGGACGUACGGGCACUAGUGUGAGGUUAUCAUGGAGUGGAAUGUUUCAAUCUUCGACUUUUUCGACCAUGUUCUGGCCGCUGAAUGUCAAAAGAUUUCCCCGUUCCAAACACGCUUUUUGCAUCCUAUGCGCCAAAAUACCUCGCAGUAGCCAACAUGUUGCCAUCAUAAUACCUUUCAUCCUGUAG